UUAAGUCGGUAUUGAAGGGGAAGAAGGCAUGGCACAUUCUCUCACCUUCCCUGCUGCAGGCAUGGCACAAACAAUAUAAUUCCUCAGCAAGAAGACCUGUCUGUGCAGACACAGUUUAUAGCUCACUUCUGCUGAUUAGGCCUUGUACCAUCAUGGGGCCUUUCCUGAUACUGGGCUGAGAAAUGGGAGCUCAGGGGCCAGAGUCACAAUUGGGGGGAAGGCCAAGAAACCACACAGCUUCUGCGAGCCUCCCUGCCGGACGUAUACCUGCCUCCUGGGCCCUGAGGAAGUGGAACCUACUCGCCUGGUGCCGAUUGCUGAAUUGCUAGCAGAGUUUCUCAGGCAGCGGAAAUCUCUCUGGGCUGACUUUAUGCCCAUGCCCCGGCCAGAGACCCCCUCCACAGCACUGGGGAAGACUAAGGAUCUUAUAAAACACGGGUGCGAGAGGAUAGAACAGACCAUCAAGGCCUCGGGCUCCAGGCUGUGCUCCUAUGCUGAAAGAGUUGCCUUCUUAAUGGACCGUUCCAAAAACCCGGAUAACAGCCCUCAGCCUCCGACACCGACUGACAACAUCAACCUUGGCCCUUCUGCUAAUCCGAAUGCCAAGCCAACGGACUUUGAUUUUUUGAAAGUUAUUGGCAAAGGAAGCUUUGGAAAAGUUCUCCUAGCCAAACGCAAGUCUGAUGGGAUGUCUUAUGCUGUGAAAGUCUUGCAGAAGAAAUCCAUCCUGAAGAAAAAGGAGCAAACCCACAUUAUGGCGGAACGCAAUGUGCUGCUGAAAAAUGUGAAACAUCCUUUCCUGGUGGGCCUCCACUACUCUUUCCAGACCUCCGAGAAGCUCUACUUUGUGCUAGACUAUGUCAAUGGGGGAGAGCUCUUCUUCCACCUGCAGAGAGAGCGCUGUUUCCGUGAACCUCGUGCCCGCUUUUAUGCAGCUGAAGUAGCCAGUGCAGUAGGGUACCUGCAUUCCUUGAACAUAAUCUACAGGGACUUAAAACCUGAAAACAUCCUCCUGGACUGCCAGGGACACAUAGUACUGACAGACUUUGGACUUUGCAAAGAAGGAAUGGAGCCAGAGGAAACGACGUCUACUUUUUGUGGCACCCCAGAGUACUUGGCCCCAGAAGUGCUAAGAAAACAACCCUAUGACAGAACAGUAGACUGGUGGUGUCUGGGAGCUGUCCUCUAUGAGAUGCUGUUUGGGUUGCCUCCCUUUUACAGCCGGGAUGUGUCUCAGAUGUAUGACAAUAUUCUACACCAGCCACUCCAGAUCCAAGGAACCAAGACCAUGGCAGCUUGUGAUAUCUUACAGGGACUGCUUCACAAGGACCAGAAGAGGAGGCUGGGGGCCAAGAUGGACUUUCUUGAGAUCAAGAAUCAUGUGUUCUUCAGCCCAAUAAACUGGGAUGACUUGUAUCACAAGAGGAUCACUCCUCCCUUCAACCCCAAUGUGUCUGGUCCUGCUGAUCUGCGACAUUUUGACCCAGAGUUCACACAAGAAGCGGUCUCAAACUCCAUCACCCGGACACCUGACUUAGCAGCCAGCUGCUCCAGUGCCUCAGAUGCUUUUUUAGGGUUUUCUUAUGCACCGACUGAUGAGGACUUUCAGGUUUUUAAAUAGGACUUGGGAAACCUAAUUUUAACUUAUGGUCUUGUUUUUAAAAGUGGCACUGUCCUCUGCUCAUGACUGUUAAAGAAAGUUGGACUAGCACACUAACUGGAAUGGACCUGAACUCUUUCACUGUGAUGCACAAUGCUUUUUCCUUCCUCUGGCAGGGAGGCUGCUGAUCGUUCUAGUUAGAGAUUUUACUCCUACAGAAUUGAAGUUAACUCCAUGGUCUUAUUUAUGUUUAGAAGCUUGGUGCCAUCAUUCAUGCCAAAACCACACCACAAGUCACUUACCCAAUAACAACUGGCCUACUUAUUUUGGAAGUGUCUGUGUAACUGUGCUUCAUACACGUAGCUAGUCUGUCACCUCCCGCUUGUCUGAUUGCUCUAUCAAUGGUGAGGAGGAAAUCUGUUCACGCUACGGGUAUGUCUACACUAGAAAUGCUAGUGUGGCACAGCUGGAGCGCUGCAGUUACAUCACUGUAGAGUAGUCACAGCAAUGGAAGGAGUUCUUCUGUUGCUGUAGUAAAUCUACCUCUCUGAGGGGCAGGAGCUAGGUCAAUGGAAGAUGUCUUCCCUUGACCUAGGGCUGUCUACACUGGGGCUUAGGUCGACAAACUUAACUACGUCUCUCAGGGGUAUGAAAAAUUCACACCCCUGAGUGACAUAGCUAGGUCAACCUAAGGUUUAGGUGUAGACCAGGCCUGUCCUUAUGCUGUGACAAGUCACUGUGAUGGGAAGAUGGCACUGGAUUCUUCACUUAAAUAUACACAUCAAGCAAAACUCCCUGAACUUUCCUCAGUAACAUCUGUUAACAGCAAGCCAAAGGGUAACUGACUGGUACUAAUGUGUGUUUAGUAAUAUCUUCCCUCUCUUCUUGUAAAGGAAGGGCAAGAUCCUUAGCUGGUGUAAAUCAGCAUAGCUCUGCUGACUACAGUGGAGCUACAGUAAUUUACACCAGCUAAGGAUCUGGUUUGGAGUCUUUUUGAUGUAGCCACUUCAGUCAAGCUAUCACUUGACAAGUUUGUGCAUAAUCUGAGUGUUGGACUAAACUACAUUCCACUCUUCCAGAUUGGGAGCUCUACACCCUAGGAAUGAGAGGUGGUUUCCCACCAGCAUUAGGAAGAAUUCAGAUCUCCCAAGUAUGAAAGUGCUCCAAAUCCUAUGUGUACUAGUACCUAUGGAAUACCCCAUGGGCAACUACCAAUCUGAGUGCCCAGAUGAUGUAGGUGGGAGUUUUUUUGAAAAAGGCUCCCAAAUUUAAAUGGAACCUGAUGUUCGUG